AUGGCUGAGCUGGCUGAGCUGACGGCCGUCCAGCAUCACGAAUCCGUUGGCGCUCGAUCCGGUAAUUGCUCCACGCUCUGCCGAUCGUGCACGCAAUCAAAUUUAUUUCCCUCUUUCCUCGCCUCAUCUUGUCACCUCGCCGAGAAGAAGUUUGUCACGGCGUUCGAAACCGCGACAUUUCGCAGAAUUGGCGCGUCCGUUUCGAACACGACGACGUCAACGGAUGCCUCAUGA